UAUGGGAAAUUUGAAGUCAUGCUGUAAAGCACCUAAAGACAUUGAUUACUCUUUUCCAAAGAGUCCUAAAAGAAGUCCAAUAAAGAGUCACAAUAGAAAUUUAUCGGCAACGUUUAACGUAUCAAUAGCUAGUAACGUCAGUGAUCGACCAGCUCCUCACUGUAUUGAUGUGAAUACAGCAACGGAAGAGCAGCUAAUGACUCUCGAUGGAAUCGAUAGAACAAUAGCUCAUUUUAUAGUUGAAUAUAGAAAACGUCUUCCAGGUUGUAAAUUUCAGAAAAUAGAAGAUGUCGCCCUCGUAUCGGGGGUGGGUGCAGACCGAUUCGCUUCCUUUCGAGAUGAAAUAUGUAUAAAGAAACCGUUAGAAAAUAGUAAAAAAUCAACAAAGCAUAGUCUCAAUACUUCCAUCUUAUCAGAUUUAACAACAAUUCCUGGUGUUAACGAAGAAAUAGCAGGCAAUAUUAUCAAUUAUAGGAAAACUAAACGAUUUAUGAGCAUAGAGGACUUAUUGAAAGUUGAAGGAAUAGAUGGGAAUUUAUUUAAUAAAAUAAGCCAUCAUUUUACUGUCAAGGAUGAAAAUUUGAAACCUCCCAUUCCACCAAGACCUUCUGAGAACUAUAGCAAUUUAUCUAAAGACGUCCAAUUUGGCUCUAAUUCAUCUAUCAAUAAUCUCUUAGAAUUUUUUCUUCCUCUUAUAAAAGAAUCAAAACGUCCAACUAUUACUAAUUAUUACACAUUUGAAAAUAAUAACCGUCCCUGCAUAAGAAUUGCGACUUGGAAUUUAGCUAGAUUAUCAACCGAAAAGGCUUGUAAUCCUGGUGUUUUAGAAGUAGUUUGUAUGACCAUUUUAGAGCAAGGAAUAAGUGUUCUAUGUGUUCAGGAAAUAGCGGAUAAAACAGCAUUAGAAAGAAUACGAGACGAACUAAAUAGGCCUUCGUUAAGUCAUGUGAAAAAGUUCCAAAGUAAUUCUAGAAAAUGGGAUUGCCUUACUUCUAAAGCCUCAGGCAGAAUGUACCAAUCAAACGAAUAUUUGGGAGUACUCUACGAUACAAAUAUGAAUAUUACUAUAUCAGCAUCAUCUCUAGUCGAAUUCGAUGACGACGGAGUCAAAUUAUUUGUUAGAAAACCCUUCGUUGUAUCUCUGCAAAUAAAUAAACUGGACGUUGUUCUGGUGAUUUUACACUUAAAAGCAGUGUCUCACGAUGGCUCCGGAUCCAAUAGAAAUGAAGCGGAAGCAAAGCGUACAGCUUAUUUAUUGCAUUCAUUGGAAAAUUUCUUGGCUGGAGAGAAAGAUUUAAUAUUAUUAGGAGAUUUUAAUUUGGAGUCAUCAGCGAAGCAAUUCGAUGUAUUGAGAAGGAAAGGAUAUACCCCUUUAGUUAAUGGCAAUACUUUCACGAAUAUUAGUACGAAGAAUAUAGAAGGCAGUAGAAGCUAUGAUAAUAUUUGGAUUGGGCAACAGACGAAAAAAAUUCAUACUGGAAGCGUUUUUGUUGUACGUUCCGGUCUAACGAAUGCUUUAAUCCCGGAUGUUUGGAGUUGGGGUGGAGUUGUCAGUGACCAUUGUCCUGUUUACGCAGAAUUUUAUACCGAUGAAGAUCAUGAUGAUACGUACAUUACCAUGAAAUUAGAUGGAAUGCAAAUUGGAGAUAGUUAG